AGCCAGAAACAGCUGCGGCGGCGCUGGGGAACGGGUCGGCCGGGCUCCCUGCGAGCGGCGAAAUGUCUCACGGGGCGCGGGUGAUCCGCACCGACGUCAGCAGCGGGGGCGCCUCGGGUUCCUCCUCCGCCCCGGACUCCGGCCGGCUGGACCGCGCCUACGCCAGCUCCUGCCCGGCCGUGCUGAAGGUGGCCCAACUGUUGUUGCUGCUGAUUGCAUUUAUCUGCAUAAAGAACUCGGUGUGGACAGAUUACAGCGCAUACAGCUACUUCGAAAUUGUCACCAUGUGUGACUUUGUUAUGAUUCUUGUCUUCUACAUUGUUUACCUUUUCCGAGUUUACAGAACACUGACUUGCAUCAACUGGCCACUCGCGGAGUUUCUCCAUUACCUAAUAGGUACCAUCCUGCUUCUCAUUGCAUCUUUUGUGGCAGCAGCGAAAAGCUACAACUCAGGAGGACUUGUAGCUGGAGCGACCUUUGGCUUUUUAGCUACGUUCCUGUGCAUCUUAAGUAUAUGGCUUUCAUACAAAGUCUCAUGUGUGACUCAGUCAACAGAUGCUGCUGUGUGAGCCUUCUGCCCUGUCAGGCCACAGAGAGGAGUUUACAUUAAGCCAAGAGAAGAGACAGCUAAUGUAUGCAAGAUGGAGCAGUGCACACGUUGCCCCUUUAAGGAUCUGCUGUAUAAUGGCUUCCUGGGCAUCAAGAGGGUGACCAGCAGAAUUCUGUCUUUUGAAACUCUGCUCAUGUUCUCAGCCUAGAAGUGGUCCCCAGCAGUCCGCAUGCUGUGCUUUCCUGACAGCUGUUGCACACUGUUUGUGGACCAUCUGCCAAGGCACAAGCAGGGAAUUGCUGAACUUGUGCAUUCCGAAGUGCCAAUAUGAAAAGGUUGCAUUGCACUGCCACUGCUUUGAGCCGACUCCCAUUAGUGCCCGAUGAUAAUAUUCAAACCACCCAGGAAGCUCAGCUGGAUGAAGGCCGGUUUAAACUUCCAAGAUGGAAAAUGUCUGCUGCUUCCAGCCGCCAGUUAUAGCUGGCAAAUGCUACAAAUCUACUAUGAAUCGGCAACUGUAAACUUAUCAGUGGUUGUCUGAUGAGCCUGUUUCUUGCCUUGGCCUCUUUCCUGGCUUUUGGUGCUUAUUGCCAGAAAAGGCAUUUUAUAAAUAGCAGCCUGAAUGUCUUACUGUGAAUGAACCAGAGGUUGCUUUAUAGCCUAGUGUUCCUCUUGUCUAAUUUAAAUAUUUUCCUGAUGACCAAAUAAUUUUAAAUCCUAGUUCAGAAACAAUUUAUUUUAUUUCAUGAUAUACUAGCCUCACUGCAUUAUACCCCUUCUUCAACAAGACUUUGCCUGAACCGUCCUUUUCAUACUUGUGCUGGAUGGUAUUUUAUUUGUGUGUUCAGAGAUUUCUGGUAUAGCUGCUUGGACUGCUGGGGAGAGUAGCUCAGCUGAAUCCAUUUAAUUAAAACUCACCCAGCCAAUCUACUUUCGCUUUAGCAAUGAAUCAUUAAAUGUUGUCAAAAACAGUUACUCUCCUGGAAGCAACUGCUUUUGCAGGGGUAGUGUUAGUGUUCAAAGCACAAUAAUUUUGUCCAUGGAAAAAGUGAUUUCCCCCUAUCCGUUAUCUGUUCCCAAGUUUUUUCUUCCCCAUUGCACAGUGCUGUGUGGUGGUAACGAUGACACAAACCCCGACUAUUGUUAUCGCUGAUUAACUACUUUGGGGAGUGAUAUUGUUGUUUGUAACCAUGUGCAGUUGAGAUAUGUGGCUAAAGCCCAUUGCUUAAUUCACUCUGGAGAAGCCAAGGGUAACAGGGAAUCCUCUCACCGCUACAUUUCACUCCUGCUCUAAAGGGGUUGCAGUUUUAACACCUAAUAUAAAGGAGGGGGGAAUGUGUACAGAGAUCUAAGGGGAUUGUACCUAAAAAAGAUCUACAUUUCAGGACUAUUAUGCUGCCAACUUGUCUCUUAUUAUUCUACAAAGAACCUGAAACUAGGCUUGCAACUAUGGCAUUAAACCAAGUGGUCAUGUGCCCAAGAUGCUGGGAGGAAGAGAGAGAUGCCAACAAAAUGGAGGCUUCAAUACUGUGGCGCACAUUGUAACACUUGGAGCUACUCCUGUAGUCCUUAAGUAUUAAGUGGGUAGAAGGCUGGCAGACAUUUAUUUUCAUAAUGUUGUGGAUUGUGUCUGUUCCCCUUCCCCUUCCUAUGCUUUUUUCCCCCUCUGAUGUAAGUAAACACACACCUGACUUAAUUUUGUUUUGAAGAAAGGUGAUGAAAAGAAUCUGUCCUUUUUUCUCUCUUAGCAGGGAACAUCAAUGUAUGUUGGAGAAUGGCUCAACAAUCGUUCUCGUAUAAUGGCAAUAUUAAAAGGGAUUGGGCUUUCAGUGUGAAGGUAGGCAGUGUGUUUGCUGUAAGAAGAAGCUGACAUGUUCUGAUAAGACAUACAAAUAGUUGGGGGAUAAUGCAGUAGGCUUAAUGUGUACUUUUUAAACAGUGCUGGGACUGUUAUGGGGUGUGAUCUAGCUAUGGCUACUUAUUAAUGAGAGAAAGGUAAUUUGUACAAUUCACCAGCUCCUGUCUAAUGUCGACUCUUAGCUCACUGGGUAAGCAUCUGUGUUAGCAGCUAGCUUACUAGCAUUAGAUAAAUAUUAAAUAAGAGUGGGCCUUAUGUCACAUUAAUAAUGCCAAUCAAGUUAGCUUAGUAAAAUGAAUCCUUACCUCUAAUGGGGGAAAGACUUGGUAUGUUGUUGAGUCCCCAAUGUUAAAAAAGUCAGGAAUGUAAGUUUUGUAUUGCAGUGCUCCAAUCUCAAGAGCAAGAAGUUACAACUAUUAAUACAUCAGAGAACACAGACAAGCUUGUUUGGUGGCCUCAGUCUCCCUGCACCAGCUAUCUGAACCAAUUUACAAAUUUCUCCCUCCAUAUCCAUUUAUACCCAGCUCUCUUGGCUAUGUUAGUAGUUGAGGCAGUUUCCGUUGUAGUGAAAACGAUAAAAUAUCAACAUGUAAUACUUCAAAAGGUUGGUGAUGAAAUAGUAAUCUAGUGAACAGAAUCAUUAAAAUUAUUCAUUUUUACCUUGCCUUUCUCCUCAGUGGAGAUCCAACACAGCUUACAUCAUUCUCCUUUCCAUUUAUUCCUUCCAACAACCCUGUGAGGUAGAUUAGACAGAGUAUGUGACUGGCCUGAGGUCACCCAAUGAGCUUCCAUGGCAGAGCAGGGAACUGAACCUGGGUAUCUUAGAUCCUAGUCAGUACUCUAGCCACUAUACUACACUGGCUCUCACACUUAAAGACUACCACCAGCAAAAUAUUAAAAUCAAUACACAACAGAAAACUUGGAGAGGUAUGGAAAAAAUAUCAAAAAGACAGGGCAAAAUAAAUCCUUUAUGUGGUGCCGGGCAGAUGCCUGUAGUGUGGGAUGUUUGAGUUUAGGCUCCACGGUAGCAAAUGACUCAUCUCUUAGGGCCGUUCCCAGUAGGGUUUCCAGUAAGCCUGAUGGGCAGGCUCCUAGGAGAGCAGGUGGUUCUUUUUAAGUGUCUUGCUUACUAAUUAUUUAGGAUACUUUUAAGGUAAUAACCAGAAGCAAAUUGGCAGCCCCCAUAGUUCUUCUAGUACUGUCAAGAUGCAUUCUCCAGAUCGGGCAAUAACAAGCAAACAGUUUUGCUUUCUGUUUUUUUUGUUGUAUUGAUGGUUGUGAACCAGCUUCCAAGGGAGGCCGCAUGUCGUGUGAAUUGUGGUAAUCUAACUGAUAUCAGAGCAUGGCUAAUUGUGGUCAGAACCACCCAGCCUUUUCACCUAAUAGUAUGGCCCAAAAGCAAGCUAACAUUGCAGGUUUUAGAGAGAGAAUCUGGAUGAACUGGGUCAGUCAAGCUUUAACUUGGCCCUGUUGGAGCAUAACAGCACUGUUAGCAAAACCAAACGUUACAAGACAAACGAGACACCCUUUUUAAAAAAAAGAUCUCUAAGCAACUAGAGCUUGUCCACGAUCUACUCCUUGUUGAUGAUUUGCUUUUGCAUGAUUAGUGGCUAUGCCAAGCACUUGGGAUUGCACGCACUAAGGCUAAGGGGAAAAACUCCAUUAAUAGCUCAUCUACAGUACUUUAUCAUGCAUGACAGCAAAAAUAAUUGGACUUUUGGCAAGCUUUGGCUAUAUGCACAGUAGGCAAGAAAGUGCUGUGAACUCUUCCAACUCCCCCCCGCCCCCAUACACUGAGGCACUGCAAUUUUUGUCCACUUGGAAGCAAAUUCUUGUCAUCAGAAAGAAUACAAAGGUCCUUCAGUUAACCAGGGCCUUGUUCAUAUUCUCACGCUUGCUUUUUUUCCUGACAUUUUUGCAUACGCUUUGCUAUGUGAAUCAAUGGGACUCCACAAUCUGGCUUUGUACUCAUCACUUCAUGGCAAUUUAGUACAUGAUAAGAACUUGAGACUGUAUUUCAUUGCUUUUGAUGACCAAAAAAAAAUCCCACCACCACAGCCAGAGUUAUGUAAGCAGAUAUAUAACAUAUUCCAUGUCUGCGCUUCAGUACUUUUAAAGCAUAUACACACCCAGGGCCUUUAUUUUGACACUGUCUUGGAAACACAUGAACUGUCACGUGCAUGUUUAGAGGUUAUUAGCCUUUUCUGGGGGGCCUAAAGCAGAUUUUCUUGGAAACCAAGUAAAACCCCAGACAGCAUAACUAGGAGGACAUCUGCAUGGGGAAGGACAGCUGAGGAAAUCUCCCAAACAGAGAAAUGUUCUGUAAUGAACUGUACUUGCAAGUUCGUAAGCUUGGUACUAGCAUUAAUUUCAGUUUAAGUUACACCAGCUCUCAGCAGUUAACACUAAAAUGUGUUUACAACAAAUGCUUGAAAGCAGUGGUACCUUGUGACCUGUGGACAGCCACAUUUAUCAGCAACCAAAGGAGUUCCGUGGCUACCCAACUACCUGUGCACCACCCUAUCAAACACACAUGCAAUGAUUAACAUUAAAUUCAUAACUAUAACCUUUUAAAUUACCAGAGUGCCUCUGAAAAUGUAGAUUUCUCCCGCUCUCUCCCCCCCCCUCGACUAGGGUUGAACCUGAGCUAGCCCUUCUGUUUCCAGAGUAAAGGGAAGCGUGCUUCCCCCCCUCACCUGGCCCUCUCCACAGCAAGAGGCACAGUUAUUCAGCCAAGAGAGUGAUAUGGCCGAGGAGCCUGGAGAACAAGCUAGCUGUAGAGAAGAGGAAGUCAAAUUACUACCCACAGUGGCCAUUUUGCUCUUUGCCCAGGUGCCUGCCAUAGUUGAUGGUUUUAUUAUUUCUCCUCUGCCCCCAGCUUGCUCUCUUCCUGACAACCACUUAAGUGCCGGGGCUGCAGAGGAGAGUGGGCCCUUUACAUCUAUCCUCGGCCCAAGGCCAACAAGCUCAGGGAAACUUGCAGCUUACUCAUCCUUCACUCUGUCUGCAACAGGUGUUUCAAGAUAGGAACUUCCUGCCAACCACAAACCCUACUGUACAAUCGGUUGCCCACUUUCCUGGAACAUGGGGGAGGGUGUUUGGGAACAGCAUUCAGAAAAGCCACUGCUGGUACCUGAGUCACUGAGCAUCACUGCUUUAAGGUGUUGUCUUUUUGCUCUAGCAGCAGCGAUGGCAGUCACUAGCUAAAUAUAAUUAACAAAACAGCUGAUUAGCAGUCAAAGCAGCCUCUUGCUGUCCAUCUUCUGCCAAGCUGUCAUUUGGUUAAAGGUUCUAAGCUGAUCAGUUCAAACAAGACCACAGGUAGCUGCCUCAGCAGAAGCAAAAUCUGAAAAUAGAAACAAUAUAGUUUUAUUAGGACCAACCAAAAUGAUACACAACGGUGAACAGGCUCCAGUAGGCACAUUUGCACCUAUAGGUGCCGCAUUUGGGAUCACAAAUCUAACCCAUUGCACAGAAGGAACUAGGGUGAAGAUGAAUGGUUGGGGAGAUGUCAGGGCAUAUCAAAUUGAAUGUCAAUCUUGCCUC